AUGCUGCACUGACUGACAUAAAUGUGAUAACAAUGUCAUUUAUUCACUUUCUACUAAAAUAUUUAUAGCAAAUAUAGGAAAAUCAUGUUUUGUCAAGUUCAAUUAAAAAAAUUAGAAACCCUUGUUCGGCUAGUGAAAACCAUCACAAGAUUUCAUCACAGACAAGGCCCAAAUCCAGUCAAAAUUGUUUGUCCAGGAAAACCAAAACCUUUAAUAGAUUUCAACUGCAAAGUAGCUCUAAUAACUGGAGGGUCCGACGGUAUCGGCUUAUGCGUAGCUCACGAAAUCCUCGCCGAAAACAGCAAAAAUGUCGCUCUUAUUGGAGUGGAUAACACCAAAGGACGCGAAUCUGUGCACACUCUUAACUCAACUUACGGAAGAAAUAAAGCGGUUUUCUUCAAUUGUGAUGUCCAGUCCAAAAUUCAAGUCACCGAUUGUUUCACUAAAGUACUGAAAGAGUUCGGGAGCAUCGACGUAGUGAUUAACGCCGCUGGUGUUUUUGACGGCCGCUGCUGGGAGAAAGAAAUCAUGACCAAUCUUGUAGGAACAAUUCAUUGCAUGCUCGAAGCGUACAAAAUAAUGAGCAAGGACGGCACCGGCAGUGGUGGAGUCAUCCUCAACUUCUCUGGCCUCCACGGAGUCAAACCUCUCUUCCCUGCGCCAACUCUCUCGGCAACUCACCACGGAAUUGUCGGACUUUCGAGGAGUUUCGGCCACGAAACCAACUUCAAAACCACCGGAGUUCGCGUCGUUACACUUUGCCCCGGAAUCACCAACACCAACUUCAUCAAGGAUGCGGAAAAACGGGCAUUGAACGAGAAAAUGGCCAGUCAAUUGCAAAUACUUUUGUGUAAAGUCAAGAGACAGAAAGCCGAUGCUUGUGCACAAUCGGCAAUCCACGUUUUGAAAUAUGGGUCGUCGGGGAGUGUCUGGGUGGUGGAUGGGUCGAAAUUGUACUCGCUAAAUAUCCCAGAUUGGGAAAAAUACCGAAUUCUUGAAUCACAAUUAAUGUAAUAAAAUUUUUAUCUAGA